ACGAACAGAUAGAGGGAUGAGUGAAUGAAUGAAUGAACGGACCCCUAUCCGGGCUUCUUUCAGAGUACCGGACCGGUCAGAAGACGCAAACAACGUUUUGGACAUCACUCCUCGCUGCUCCGACCCAGUAGAUCUCAGCAGAGUCCAGUGAAGGCCAGGCUGCAUCAGCAGAAAUGGCUCCAGCAGCCAUGUCUGUACCUCCAUCCUCUUUCACCUCCCUGCUCUCCUUCCUCUUCUCCUUCUUCCUCCUCCUGUCAUGUCCUGCAUCAGCGCACGCAGAUUCAUCUGAGAACAACUGCUCAGCUAGUGGAGACCCCUGUCAGGAAGGAGUGGUACUGCCCGUGUGGAACCCUCAGAACCCGUCUGUGGGGGACAAAGUGGCACGAGCCAUUGUUUACUUCGUAGCUCUCAUCUAUAUGUUCCUGGGUAUGAGCAUUAUAGCUGACCGAUUCAUGUCUUCUAUAGAGGUCAUCACCUCCCAGGAGAAGGAAAUCACUAUAAAGAGGCCAAAUGGUGAGACCACCACGGCCACAGUCAGGAUCUGGAACGAGACUGUUUCUAAUCUCACUCUAAUGGCCUUGGGUUCUAGUGCCCCCGAGAUACUGCUGUCUGUUAUUGAAGUGUGUGGUCACGGUUUCGAGGCUGGCUCCCUGGGUCCCAGCACCAUCGUGGGCAGUGCUGCUUUCAACAUGUUCAUCAUCAUCGCCCUGUGUGUGUAUGUUGUUCCUGACGGAGAGACGCGCAAAAUCAAACACCUUCGGGUGUUCUUCGUCACAGCAGCCUGGAGUAUCUUCGCCUACAUCUGGCUCUACCUGAUUCUGAGUGUGUUUUCCCCUGGAGAGGUGGAGGUAUGGGAGGCAGUGCUGACCUUCCUCUUCUUCCCCCUCUGCGUGGUCCAGGCCUGGGUGGCUGACCGCCGACUCCUCUUCUACAAGUACGUCCGUAAGCGUUACCGUGCUGACAAGCACCGCGGCAUCAUCAUUGAGACCGAGGGAGGAGCGGACGGAGGGAUAGGAGGUAUGGACGGAGGAGGAGGAGGAGCACUGGGUCCGGGGGGGUUCACCAAGAUGGACAUGCUGGAGCUGGACGGACAGAUGGCGUUGAACUGUCACAGCGGGAUAGACGGAGGGAUGAUGGAGGAGGGAGGAGCGAAGGACGAGGAGGACGAGGCCAGAAGGGACAUGGCGAGGACGCUGAAGGAGCUGAAGCAGAGGCAUCCGGAUAAAGACAUGGAGCAGCUAAUUGAGAUGGCUAACUAUCAGGUGCUGAUGCAGCAGCAGAAGAGCAGAGCUUUCUACCGUAUCCAGGCAACCAGGAUGAUGAUCGGAGCUGGCAAUAUCCUCAAGAAGCACGCUGCCGACCAAGCUCGCAAGGUGGUGAGCAGCCACGAGACCCAAGCCCAGGAGGACGACCCUCACACCAUCAGGAUGGAGUUCGAGCCUUCGUUGUAUCAGUGCUUUGAAAACUGUGGCUCCUUGAAACUGACUGUUGCCAGACACGGAGGAGACUCUGGAGUUACUGUCAAGGUGGAUUAUCGCACAGAGGACGGUACAGCGAAUGCAGGUUCCGAUUAUGAGUUUGCAGAGGGAACGCUGCUGUUUAAGCCAGGAGAGACACUCAAAGAGAUCACAGUCGGAGUGAUUGAUGACGACAUCUUCGAGGAGGAUGAGUAUUUCUAUGUCCACCUCAGUAACCCCCGAGUGGUUGGUUAUCCUGAGAUCGGCAGCGCCCCACUGGAUGCAAGUGCCACCCCCAAAGCCGUGCUGGGCGACAACCACACAGCCACAGUGACCAUCUACGAUGACGACCACGCAGGUAUUUUUACCUUUGAGAGUGCCAGUCAGAAAGUGAGUGAGAGCGUAGGUGUGAUGGAGGUGAAGGUGCUCAGGACUUCUGGGGCCAGAGGCCUGGUAGCUGUUCCCUACCGAACCGUGGAUGGCACCGCUAGGGGAGGUGACGACUACGAACCUGUCGCUGGCAAACUGGAGUUUCAAAAUGACGAGACCAUGAAGAUCAUCGAGGUAAAGAUUAUCGAUGAUGAAGAGUAUGAGAAGAACAAGGCCUUCGUCAUUGAGCUGGGGGAGCCCGUUCUGUUGGAGAUAGGGCAGAAACACGGGGACUCCAAUGAGAACAAGCCGUUGGUGGGAGCAGAGGAGGAAGAGGUGGCCAAGAUGGGCUGUCCCAGUCUGGGCGAACACACACAAGUAGAGGUGGUCAUAGAAGAGUCCUACGAGUUCAAGAGAGCAGUAAAUGAGCUUAUUUGGUGUUCUGACAAGAGUACUGUAGAUAAGUUGAUCAAGAAGACAAACCUGGCCUUGGUGGUGGGAAGCAGCAGCUGGAGGGAGCAGUUUGUCAGUGCUGUUACCGUGAGCGCAGGAGACGACGACGAGGAGGAGAGCGGCGAGGAGCGGCUGCCGUCCUGCUUCGACUACAUCAUGCACUUCCUCACCGUCUUCUGGAAGGUUCUGUUCGCUUUCGUCCCGCCCACAGAGUACUGGAAUGGCUGGGCCUGCUUCAUUGUCUCCAUAUCGCUUAUCGGUGUCCUGACGGCAGUCACCGGCGAUCUGGCGUCACACUUCGGCUGCACUAUAGGACUGAAGGACUCGGUAACAGCUGUGGUGUUUGUGGCGCUGGGAACAUCUGUGCCUGACACAUUCGCCAGCAAGGUCGCCGCCAUCCAGGACCAGUACGCUGAUGCCUCCAUAGGGAACGUCACCGGCUCCAAUGCUGUCAACGUCUUCCUUGGCAUCGGCGUGGCGUGGACCAUCGCUGCAGUCGUCUGGCGCUCCAAGGGCAAAGCGUUCAAGGUGGACCCAGGAAACCUGGCCUUCUCCGUCACCCUCUUCACCAUCCUGGCCAUGGUGUGUGUGAUGACACUGCUGUACCGGCGGCGGGCAACGGUGGCUGGCGGAGAGCUGGGUGGGCCGCGGACUUGUAAGCUGCUAACGUCGCUGAUGUUCAUCUCGCUGUGGCUGCUUUACAUCCUGCUGGCUUCACUGGAGGCCUACUGCCAUUUACCAGCGUUUUAAAUGGAGAGCAGAGGGGAGGGAGAGAGACCCACUGCCAAUAUGUAGAGAGAGAGAGAGAGAAAGAGAGGGACGGGACAAGGAGAAUGGGCCGAUUCUGAUACUUUUUAUGGGCUGCAGAUGAUUAAAUUCCGUAAAGUCCAAAACAGUUUUCAGUCUUUCAAACUGAUUUUUUUCCCCUUUGUCCUGAAAAACAGUGUGUAUUAUUAUGAAACACUAAAACUCUCCAAUUAUAUCCAAACAUUUUACUUUUAGCAUUUGCACCUCUUUAAAGAAAGGAGACCCACCAUUGAUCCAAUGCUGAAGAAACUUCUGGGAUACAUACAGGCUCUGAAUUUAUAAUUAAUGAACUUUAAGCAGUAAUGAAAAUUUGCAAUGCAGGUUUUAAAGAGCUAUUUUAUGUAGUUGCCUCAAUCAUCCAUCAUCACCAGUGGACAACACUGUUUAAUAGUUAAUAAAAGGCUGAUAAUGUUCAAGUAUACUGCCAAGGUAGAGGAGAAGAGCAGAAGUGAGAGCUGCCAAUCAGCUGGGCUCAGAAGGUGAAACAAAAGGUGAAGAGGAAGGAUAAGGGUGAAUGACUGCGUUUACAUGCAGCCAAUAACCCAUUUAAAACCGGGAUAUUAGCAAUAACCCGGUCGCGAACGGCCAUGUAAACACCGGCAAAAACCCGAAUAUGCUCAUAUCCCGGAUUUUAAAAACCGGGAUAUUAUAGCUGGGGUACCCCUUUUUUAACCCAAAUUUUUGGUCAUGUAAACGCGUAUCGGCAUAUCCCCAUAGUGAUUUGCGUUCUGCGCAUUCGCAAGGAAUCUUGGUCUUUUGAGUAGAGGAACUUCUUGUAUGCGCCAAACCCGCGUGCAGUAUACGGAAGUAAACGAGGUAAACAUGGCAAGACGCAGCACAGCACCGUACUUCUGGAGCGAGGAGGAAACCAAUUUUUUAAUUCAUGUUGUCAAAAACAUGAAUAUAAUGUCUUUUGUUGACGGUAGAAAGUACAGAGACACUGACAUUUAUAAGAAGGUGACCGAAAAAAUCGGAAAUGACGCAUAUUGCGUCUUAAGGUUGUCCGUACGUCCAGACGUUAACCGUGCGUCGCCGUUUACAUCGGGGUAGUGCCAAUUGAUUACAAAUUCCAUGUAUACAGGAGUAACUCUCUCUGCUUACGCAUGUAAACGGGUUAUCCCGAAUGUUUCACAAACCCGAAUAGUGACCUUAACCCGAACAUAACCCGAAUAUUGACAGCAUGUAAACGUAGUCAGUGAUAGAUGUGGAAAACAAAACUAGAGAAACGUCUAUGAAGGGACCAUUGAAAAGACAACACUGAAUAAAGUAAAAGAAGUAGAGUAGAUGGGGAAAAAAUAUUCGACAACUCCUCCUCACGCUCUCUCUCUCUCUCCCCCUCCAUCUUUACUGUAUCUCGUGGUCGCGGGAACGGUGGAUCCUCCCAUUAUACCCACUGAACUCAAUCUAAUACUAACAGUGAUUUAUUACUUUAAACUCUUCUUCCCCCAACUGUACACAAACAAACAUACACACACACUUUGGGGCCCUCAGGUGAAUCUGCAGUGGAGGACCACUCACUAUCUUGCGGGCGAACAGGCAAUACGAAAACAGAACAAGCUUCUUUUUUUUCUGUCGUGGUCUUUUUUCCUUCUCGUCUUGAAUACAGUGUGCGAAACAGUCCUUCCAUGGUACAACACACACACACACACACACACACACAGAUACUGUACCCUUCCUUUCCUACAAAUACUCUGCAGACUGAACACACUCCUCUGUCCCUCUCUCUUGCCUUACACUUAUCUCCCCUGUAGGAAUUGUCUCAAAGUUGUGAUAAUGAAACGCUGUAGUCACCACCAACUACCCUUCUUUUUAAGUGAGCCAAUGCCAAGUCUCUCUCCUUUUACGCCACUUAAUAGCCUCGUUUAUCCCAUGAAGGAAACGUACCCUGACCUUUUUUUUCUAAACUCUUCAAUGGCGUCAUGUGUUGAUGUUGUUACCGUGCAAUUGUAACAAAAAAAUAGACAUCAAAAUAUAUUAUGAAGAGAUAGAGAUAAAGAAAGUUAAAGCAGGUUGUUUGGAAGAUGGGAUGUUACAUGGAAGAUCAAGAUGUUGGAUCAGCACCUGGAAGAUAUUUCAAAAGUGGGAUGGAGACACAAAGGAAAUGUUUGAUAAGCAGAGGGAAGAUUAUAAAUGUCUAGUGUCUGGAGAAUCAGGCACAGAACAAGCAAGCAGUCCACCUAGUAAAACUUGUCUUUCUUGCAAUGAAGAAACAUUGUGCACUACACAUCGCGAGGUACAUUGUUUACACUCUCAAGUUGCAUUAAAUGGCUGGGAAACAAACAUGUGAACAAGCAGAGCCAGAGUCCAGCAUGAAAGGAUGUCACGCCAAGAGACAUCAAUGAACAAGACAAAGGUAGGACCAAUCAAAAGGCUGGCUGUGACCUCGACAACAGCUAAGAAGAUGAUAGCAAUGACAGUGUUGUUGACGACAAAUCAAAACUGUGACCAUACCCAGUGUUUCUAAUUGUACAUGAUAAUAUAAGAAACUUUUCUUGAUGUGUGUGAGAAAACACUGAUAUUUAAUGUAUGUGAAGUCACCCUCUUUGUAAGGGAAACCCUGGUGGAGGAAAGGAAAGAUCCAUCCUUUUUCCCUCUGAAACGCAGUUCAAGGACACAUUUUAAGUCGGUCCAUCACAUGGGGGGGGGGGGGGGAAUACAAAACCAGAGAUGACUCACAGACAGAGAGAGGAAACAAAUGCUCUGAGGGAAAUGUACGGCAGCUCUGAAAUAUCACGUGUCUGUUCUGCAGCAGAUGUAAUGUUGGGAAAUUUCUUUGUACACAAAUCACAAGUCUCUGUUAUCCAAAGAUUUAAUAGAAGAACAGUCGCAGAUCACCAUUCAUUUUCAAGCCUUGCAGCCAUUGUAGUCCCACAAGCUGCCAGGUCUAGUUAACAAGACUGGUAAAAAUUUAAUCACUACAGAUAAAUGUGCAUAACCAUUGGUAUUAUUUAUGGGUAUGAGCCUGUAUCGAAAGCUGUGCUAUUUACUUUGUUUUUGUGAAACGUUUGUUGAUUUAGGCAUGGUGUGUUUGAAAGUACGAUAUCGGAAUAGCUUAAAAUGCCACAUAUUCUAUGAAAUCAACCAUUUUGUUGUUGUUUAUCUGUAUGAGAAAGUGUCAAAUCCAGAUUUAUAUUAUGUCUGUGUUAAUACCCCUGCCCUGCCCAGGGGCUGGACAGAAGGGAUGGCAUAUGGCUUGUCAGUGCAAGUGAUUGUUAAAUGCAAUCCGCUUGUUAAAAACAGCAUAGAAGGAAAACCUCUGCAACCAUUUCCCCCUCAACUGCCCAUAAUCCUGUUUGUAAGCUAAAAAUCCUGAGAGGAAACAAUAAUUUGGCUUUUUGUCAUACCCCUUGUUCACUAAGAGAAAAAUGGGACUGAAAACAACAACUUACUUGCCCACCAUCCGCCUUAUUAAAUACGGUCAAAUUAUCCGCUGCCUCCAGGCCAAUGUAAAUGCAGGCCACACACAGCCAGCUCAGUCAUGCAGGCUGAACAGACACGAGCUUGUCCGAGGCAGCCUUUGCUAAGGUCAGUGCUUGUACAAAUGGAAGAUAAGUGGUGAUUUGGAGCAGAGUGGCAUUGAUUUGCUUGGGUGAAAAUGCCUGUAUGUGUUCCCCCUUCCCUCAAAUGUGACAUUUUAAAUGCCACACCAGUUCCCUGCACUUUCUGACAGCUGUAAAGGAAAAGAGAAGGUGAAAUAUUUCAAACUUUCAUUGUAGAAAAGCAGUGAAAGCAGAGGUGAAAGCUUCUCUGAUUCCUUAAACUCCUUUAGAGUUACUCUUAUCAGCUGAUUUCAGACAAGCUCAGCUGAGAUUCAUUGAUAGAGUUUGGCCACCUACCAUGAUGCUCUUGCUCUAUUUAAAAAGGGAUAUUUCUUGGCUGAAAAUAUUUAAUUUUGCUGUCUAGAAAUUAGACACAAUGGCAUGCCCAGAGCAUGCCCAGCAUGUUAGGUGCUUGCUGGGCUGUAGUCAAGAUUUUAGAGGCACUAAGGUCAUGAGUCCCUCCAAACGCAAGCCUCCUCCACAGAAAAGUUUGUCAAACCCCAAAAGAAAGGUUUGGACAGAUAACUGAAUAAAUAGAGAAAUGAGAAGAGACUUCACUUAGGCAUAGCGGCUAAUGCUAAUAUGCUAACAAUACUAUAAUGCUAACAUGCUGAGGUUUAGCAGGUAAAAUAUUUAGUACUAUUUACACCUGAGGCUCACGAGAAUGUCAUUUGUUUUGAAGUCAUUUUGUCAUAAACCAAAGUACUGAACUCAUUGAAAUGUUUACCUGAAAGUGAUUACAAGUCAGCAUGAAUGCCUGUACUAAAUUUCAAGGCAGUUCAUCCAAUAUUUGUCUAGACAGUUCACUCCAGAUCAAAAAUUUCAAACUCAUGGCGGCACUAGAUGGAAAAGAUAGACGAUCACCAAAGUCAAAAGGAUUCAUCUUCUUGGUAACGUGAAUGUUUGUACAAAAUGUCGUGACAGUCUGUCCAAUAGCUGUGGAGAUACAGUAUGUCGGUCUUGAAAGGGGUGGACCGAACAGCCAACAUUGUCAUCGUUAGAGCCACAACACUAAUAUAGCUAAAAACACUGGAAUCAGACCGCAGAGUACCCACCAUGAAUGCUUUUCUAUUCUAGGUUGUGUAUUAAAAUCUCUAAAAUUCCCUGAAAAAAUACAAAGGAUAUGACCUCAGUGUCCUCGGUCGUAGCUAAAGCCCCGGAUGCUCGUUGACAUGGUGUUUUAAUCUGUAUCAUCCACCCAAAACUGUCUGACUUACCAUCCAGAUCAUUUCAUUGUCUCCAUUUCCUUAGUCAUUUCUGUAGUGCGCACUGUAUCUUACAAUGUAGGAGUGAACCCACCGUGACGGAGGUCAUCAGCCAGUUGCCAGUUUGGGCAUGACUGGCACGUCGGCAUGGCUCCUGGCGACGCUGAUGUCUGUUUCUCAAUGACUUAAGCUUCUGUAACAGUUGCCAGUUUAAGAAUGAGUGGGCAGGAUAAUAGUGCUGCUGACGCCACAGGAACACAAGAAUACUGGUACCGAUUUAGAAAUGUAGGCUUUUUAAAGGUUUAUAAUCCUUGCUGGAGGAUGGCUGAGAGUGUGUGUGUGUGUGUGUGUGUGCUUUCUAAGUGAGUGAAAAAAUGCAACCAUAUUUUUAGUCUCUUGCCUGUUGCUUAGCGACCAUCUAUCUGCAAGCUGUUGUCUUCUUGACUGUUGCUGAUGUGUGUGAGACGUUGUGUUUGUGAGAUUUGUGAGUGUGAGACGUGUGCAUGUGUGUAUGAGAUGUUAUGUGUGUGUGUGACAUUCUCUGAUGUUUCUCACGUUGUCUGCUUGCCCUUCUUCUAGUGAAUGUGAUAAUAUAGUUUCUCAUUCACAAUUUUUUUUCUCUGCGAGUGGAUUUUAACUCAUUUUAUUCAGAUGGUUUUUUUUAAACAAAUGUGUUUAUUUUACAUUAUGUUCCUUGUGCCUCCUACUUGUUUGCAUUGUGUGUAGAUCUUUAUGCCUUUGUGUGAGCAUGUUUGUGCAUGUCGUCUGGUGUUGUAAUCUCCUUAUUAAGGGUUCGCCCUGUGUGUCCCCAGGCUGGAGCCCAUACACUAGAUUAAUAAAUUAGAAUGACAACCUGACCCACAGAAUCAAUGUCUGGAAAUUGGAAUCCCUCCAUAUUGUUGAUUGUACCUUGGACUCUCCCUCGCCAGGUGUGUGUGUGUUUGUACCUGUCAAAUAAGAUUAGAUAUAUAAUAGAUCUGGCUGUCGAUCAAGACGAGGAAAUAGAUGGUGGCACUUUGCCUGAAGAAGUGUGGUGCGUACAGUAUGUGAGUAACAGUCAUACUGUUUCUGACUUCACAUCCACAUCCUCUGAAGUGCGGACAUAAGGUGUUUUAUUUAUACGCAUGUGCUGGACAUGCAUUAACACAGAAGAUCAAUAUCAAUCCCAUACACACACACACACACACACAUACUUGGUACAGUCUAUUAACAAGAUGUGUGACAAAAACUAGACAAAUUUCCCAGUAAUGUUACAUUUUAACUUGGAAGAGUUGAAAAUGACUACAGUGGUGGCCUGAGAUGAAAACUGAAAUUUAUUUAUUUCCUCCACUUACCUCUGUAAGGUACAUGGUUGCUAGGUUUAUUGGCUGUGCAUAUUUGUGUGUGUGUGUGUGUGUGUGUGUAUACAAACAUCUCUAUCUGUAUCUGAGUUUGAAAUAUAACGAUUAUUUCUUUGUUUGUAAGUAUUUGUAUUCCGGUAAAGCUGAAGGCUCAACCAAGCCCCUCAACGUACCUUAAACCUACCAUACACCAAAACUUAUUUUUAAUUAUUCGUGUUUUUCAUGUUUAAUUUUUUUCAGUUAACUGAUUAAUCUUUUAAAGACAUCUUAUCGGUGCCAGUAUCUAGUCUCAGCUCUAGCAAUUUAAUUUAGUCAAAUAAUACCCUCUAUGUUUUUAAUUGCUGAAUGUCACUCCCCUCAAUUUGCUAAAAGCCCAAAUUUCCAGAAAAAAUGGACAUGGCUUCCAUGUCCUCAUUGUUAGCUACAGCCUGAUGACUCAUCCCCACACAGUGAUAAGGUAUUCUUCAAUGCUGUUGUAUGCUUUGAUAAAUGUAAAGAUGUAAUGUAAAGGAUUUGGUUUCUCAAUACAAAAAUAACACUGAUGAGGUUGGUAAAGAGCCAGUCUUUACAUGAAACACGUGAUUUGUACUGCGACACAUUUCAGUUUUGUAAAUCUAAACCGUGUGUGUGUGUGUGUGUGUGUGUGUGUGAGUUAAUCAACCACUAUUUAUUCAUCUGUGUUUCUUUAUUUUGUAUCUUGUUUUCUCUCUCUCUCUACUGUUAGCCACUCUAUUGCUGUCUACCUUAUAAAUAUUUAUAUAUUUUAUCACUUUAUACUCUUCAUUUUAUUAAUUCAUUUAAUUAAUGAGUUUAAUUAAUUCAUUAAUUCAUUUUAUUAUCAUGCAGCCCUAUUUAUGAGGUCACAAAGUGCUUUUGAUAUAAACAUCUGGUAUUUUGAUUUUUCCAUAAAUUUUAUUAUUUUAUUAUUAUAUUAUUGUACUUGCUACAUUUGUUUCCAUUGUUCCAUGUUGUUUCAGUGAUUUGUUUCGUAAAAAAGAGCCUCAUAAAAAAAGCAGAACAGCAAGUUAGUAUAGUAACACAUUACACUGAGUGUGCUCUUCUCCUUUUUAUUGUGUGUGUGUGUGUGUGUGUGUGUGUGCGCGUGUGUGAGUGUGUGGAUGUGUGUAUUUCUUAUUAUCAUUCCGUCCAUGAGUGCGUCAAUGCAUGAUUAAAAUCAUUCUGAAUACAGUGUUGAUGUUGGAAAUGUCGUAGUAAAGAGUAAAGUAUUUUUAAAAGCUGAAAAUGACAUGACAUGAAAAACAAUGUAGAUGUUUACAAAGACCAAACUUUUCUUUUCUCUGUCUUUUUUUUCUUCUCAAAGAUGAAAUAAAACUUGACUGGCAAAUGAA